AUGUCAGAUAUAAAGAAAAGAAGAUCAAAGAAAAAGGUAGAGGAAGAGGAUGAUGUCGAUGAGAUUGUAGCAGAGAUUGAAAAACCAUCUCCACCAACUAAAAUGAGAACGAGAAGAGAUACUGCAGCAGCUGCUACUACUACAACAAAGGUUGUAGAGACUCCUACCAAGGCAUCAAGUAAAAAGGCUGCUGCAAAGACAAAGAAACAAACAGAAGAGGAAUCAUCUACUGCUGAAAAGAAGAAAAAGACACCAACUAAAACUACAAAGAAGAUCAAAGAUAAAGAUUCUGAUGAUGAAUUGGAAUUGGAUCAUGAAGAAGAACCUGCUUCUUCUUCAUCAACAUCAAAAUCAAAGGUUACUUCCAAACCAACUUCAACUACAUCUACUCCAAGAGGAAAAUUAUCUGAAGCUGAAUUAGCGCAAAUUCAACAAGAAAAUAGAGUUGUUGUUAUUAAAUUCCUUAUAUUCUCGGUAUUGAUGUUUUUGGUACCUCUAUCUCUAUACUAUGGAUUUGUAGAUUAUAUGGGUGAUUGGUUUGGCGUCGCUAGAAUCGAUAGACCUACUUAUGGAGGUGUCAUUGCUAUUUUAGGAAUGUUUGGUGUUAUGGCUUCAUAUAGUGUAAUGGCAUAUUAUGAAAAAUAA